ACAACAAAGGCAUUCCAAGAAAUUUGGCUGUAACCAGAGUGCCCCUCAUGACAAUAAUGGAGGCUGAAGUGCUGAAAUUGAACACCCGUCAAAAGAGAGAGGACUCAAGUGACUCAGGUGACUCAGAUCUAGAAGUUGUUCCAAUUGCACCCGUUCGCAAAACGUUGGUUAUAGAAGGAGGGAACGUUGGAAACGAUGGAAUGAAGGAAGAAAAUAGUGAUCCUGUUAGUCUUUAUUUCAAUCCUUCUGAUUCUUCAGUGUAUGUCCGAAAUGGAGCAGCUGUAGGCAUAGCCAUGUCAUCAACGGAGGAAGUGCGAGAAAUCUAUUUGAAAAAUAUAUUCAUGAUGCCACCCAACCAUGAAUUAUUUUGUCCCAACUGUAACGUUGGCAUCAACAAGGUCUUAUUUUGCGCAACACAACCACACAAUGUUGCACCUUCACUUCCUCAUCAGCCUCCACGACCUCCAGUUAUCCAACCUGUUCAUGAAAAUUUAACUCCAGAGAAUCCUGAUCCCCAUCAGGGUAUUGAAGCUCCAGUAAGAUGCUCUGAAUGUUUCAGUUUACUCAUUCAAAAGGGCAAAGAGUUUAUUACUGGGUUGGUAUCAUCGCGUGUUCCGCCAGGGUCGGGGCAAGAUGUAUCCAUUGCUAUACCAGUUUCACCUAUUACAAAUCCACCACCACCGGUAAUGCCACCACCACCGCCAGUACCAGAAGAUAGUAAGGGUUGGGAAAUUCUUAAAAGCGUUGUCUACGGUGGUUUGGCUGAAUUAUUAGCAAGCCUCAGUGUUGUGACAUCUGCAGCAAGUGCUGAUGCUACCACAUUGAGUAUUGUUGCUCUCGGUAUUGCAAAUCUGAUUGGUGGACUUUCAGUCUUGGGUCAUAAUCUUAAAGACCUUAGAGCUUCACAACCAACUCCAAGAGAGCAAGGCAGUGAAGGAGACACAGAAAAUGAUAAAUAUUAUGAACUAUUGGGGAAGAGGGAGAAUUUCUUUCUACAUGCCUUUUUUGCUAUCUUAUCAUUCCUUAUAUUUGGAUUGGUGCCCCCAAUAGUGUAUGGCUUCUCAUUCAGUGAGAGUGAUGACAAGGAUCUCAAGCUUGCAGCAGUUGCAGCAACUUCACUCAUUUGUAUCACAUUGCUAGGCAUUGCCAAAGCUCAUAUCCAAAGACGUAAUUCUUAUGUCACAUACCUCACAACGGUGGCGUUUUAUGUUACCUCUGGAGUAUUGGCCUCACUUCUUACUUAUGUAGCUGGAGCCUUUAUGAAGAGACUCGUAGAACAGCUUGGAUGGUUUCAGCCAAAAUCAAACGUUGCCUUGUCAUCACUUGCUGAAAUGAGUAUGGUGAAAUCAGGAUGGGGUUCGUACUAAUAAUAAAUGUAGCUGUUUUCCAGAAUGUAUGCAUUCAGUAAUCUUGUCACGCUUCAUUGUGAUUCUCAAUUUUAUAUUC